AUGAGUCCACUUCAUCAAAUCAAUCAAAAAAUUGGAGACCGUACACAAACAGAGGACUGGCGUGUCCGUGGGUACUCGCCUCUGAUUGCCCCUGAUCUUCUUCAGAGUGAAAUUCCCCUCACCACCAAGUCCUACGAGAAAAUCAUCGAGGGCCGCGAGGCGGCCACUGCAGUUCUUAACGGCACAGAUGACCGUUUGCUGGUUGUUGUCGGCCCAUGCUCUAUCCACGACCCCAAGGCUGCUGUUGAGUACUGUGAGAAGCUGGCAAAGCUCAAUGAGGAGCUCAAAGGCGACCUACUCAUCAUUAUGCGGGCGUACCUCGAAAAGCCCCGGACCACUGUUGGAUGGAAAGGGCUUAUCAAUGACCCUGAUAUCGACGGAUCUUUCAAAAUCAACAAGGGUCUUCGUAUUGCCCGUGAGCUGUUCGUCAAACUGACUUCCAUGUUGCCGAUCGCUGGUGAAAUGCUCGACACGAUUUCUCCGCAGUUCCUGAGUGACUUGUUCAGCUUAGGCGCUAUUGGUGCCCGCACCACUGAGUGUCAACUUCACCGUGAGCUUGCUUCGGGUCUGUCUUUCCCUGUUGGUUUCAAAAACGGCACUGACGGCGGCCUACAAGUUGCCAUCGAUGCGAUGGGCUCCGCUGCCCACCCUCACCACUUUUUGUCCGUCACAAAACCAGGUAAUGUUGCUAUUGUAGGUACCAAUGGUAACCAAGAUACCUUUGCUAUUCUUCGCGGUGGCAAAAAUGGCACAAACUAUGACAAGGACAGUGUUAACGAUGCUUGGGCCAAGCUUCUCAAGAGCGGUGUCGCAAAAGAAGGUAGCGCCCGCAUUAUGAUUGACUGCUCCCACGGAAACUCACUUAAAAAUCACAAUAACCAGCCUAAAGUUGUUGAUGCUGUGGUUGAGCAAGUUGCCGGUGGCCAAAAAGCUAUCUGCGGUGUGAUGAUCGAGUCCAAUCUGGUUGCCGGACGCCAAAACGAUCCCGUGGUUUAUGGUCAAUCUAUUACCGACGCUUGUAUUGAUUGGGAAACCACUGAAAAAUGCCUUCGAGAACUCGCUCAGGCUGCUAAGGACCGCCGCAGCCACUAA